GCGCGCGCGUCUGGAUGAGGCGGCAGCAACCGUGAACAGUGAAAGCCUCGGCCGUCCCUCGCCAGCCCGCCUUCCCUCCCACCCGCUCCACAAGAUGAGUGCUACGCUCCCGAGCCUCCUGGCCUCGCUGGCCGUCUUGCUCCUGGGGAGGAUGGACCGCCUUGCCGACGCCUGCAGCUGCUCCCCGGUGCAUCCGCAACAGGCGUUUUGCAAUGCAGAUGUAGUGAUCAGAGCAAAGGCUGUCUCUGAAAAAGAGGUGGACUCUGGGAAUGACAUCUAUGGAAACCCCAUCAAACACAUCCAGUAUGAGAUCAAACAGAUAAAGAUGUUUAAAGGGCCAGAACAGGACAUUGAAUUCAUCUUCACAGCUCCCUCCUCAGCAGUGUGUGGAGUGACACUGGAUGUUGGUGGCAAGAAGGAAUAUCUCAUUGCGGGGAAAUCGGAGGGUAAUGGCAGGAUGCAUAUCACCCUGUGUGACUUCAUUGUUCCUUGGGAUUCCCUCAGUGCUACCCAAAAGAAGAGUCUCAACCAGCGGUAUCAGAUGGGCUGUGAAUGCAAGAUUUCCCGCUGCCCCUUCAUCCCCUGCUAUGUCUCUGCUCAGGAUGAGUGUCUGUGGACUGACUGGGUGACAGAGAAGAACAUCAAUGGGCGGCAGGCAAAACACUAUGCCUGCAUUAAGCGGAGUGAUGGUUCCUGUGCGUGGUACCGUGGAGUGGCUCCCCCUAAACAGGAGUUCCUUGACAUUGAGGAUCCUUGAGUUCCUUUGGCACCAGCAGCAUGGCCUGCAAGGAAUUAGAUCGGUCCACAUUUGACAUCUCUUCCUGGAAACAGCAUGAAAAUAAAAUCUCAUGGGCAGGCCAAUAGUGGUGGGCGGAGAGUGCUAAGGAAAGGGAUGUUGAGGCCAUUCAUACAUUGCUUCUUCUGCU